UACGGCGGUGACGUCACGCAGUGGUGCACCGGGGCGGGGCGCGGUGACGUCAUGUGCUCCGUUCUCGCCGCUGUCAUGGCCUCCGCUCCGACCGCGCUGUAAACGCUCCCGAACCACAGCCGAAACGCAGCCAGAACGCGCCCGAACCCGCGACCCGGUCCUUUCCCGACGCCCAGAGAGGGAGCGAGGGUCCCGGGCUCCCGUCCGUCCCCUGGCCGCCGCCCCCGGAGACCCUCCUGACGCCGCCGCUCGUUCCGUCGCCGCGCUGAGCUCCGCGAACCGAAGAAGAUGGCGGACCCGGCGGAGUGCACCAUCAAAGUGAUGUGCCGUUUCAGGCCCCUGAACAGCUCCGAGGUCACCCGCGGAGACAAGUACAUCCCCAAGUUCCAGGGAGAGGACACGGUGGUGAUCGGGGGAAAGCCGUACAUGUUCGACAGGGUUUUCCAGUCCAGCACCACACAGGAGCAGGUGUACAACGCCUGCGCCCAGAAGAUCGUCAAAGAUGUGCUCGAGGGAUACAACGGGACCAUCUUCGCGUACGGCCAGACGUCCUCGGGAAAAACCCACACGAUGGAGGGGAACCUUCACGACACGGACUCCAUGGGCAUAAUCCCGAGAAUCGUCCAGGACAUCUUCAAUUACAUCUACUCCAUGGACGAGAACCUGGAGUUUCACAUCAAGGUGUCGUAUUUUGAAAUUUAUUUGGACAAGAUCCGAGACCUUCUGGACGUGUCCAAAACAAACCUGUCUGUUCACGAGGACAAGAACCGCGUCCCCUACGUCAAGGGAUGCACUGAGCGUUUCGUGUGCAGCCCAGAUGAGGUCAUGGACACCAUCGACGAGGGGAAGUCCAACCGCCACGUCGCCGUCACAAACAUGAACGAGCACAGUUCCAGGAGCCACAGUAUUUUCCUGAUAAACGUCAAACAGGAAAACACUCAGACAGAACAGAAGCUCAGCGGGAAGCUCUACCUGGUGGACUUGGCCGGCAGCGAGAAGGUGAGUAAAACCGGAGCAGAAGGAGCCGUCCUGGACGAGGCCAAAAACAUCAACAAGUCUCUGUCGUCUCUGGGGAACGUCAUCUCCGCUCUGGCCGAAGGAACCGCGUACAUCCCGUACAGAGACAGUAAAAUGACGCGGAUCCUGCAGGACUCUCUGGGGGGAAACUGUCGCACCACCAUCGUGAUCUGCUGCUCGCCGUCCUCCUACAACGAGGCCGAGACCAAGUCCACGCUCAUGUUCGGACAGAGGGCGAAGACGAUCAAGAACACGGUGACGGUGAACAUCGAGCUGACGGCCGAGCAGUGGAAACAGAAAUACGAGAGAGAAAAAGAGAAGAACAAAACUCUGAGGAACACCAUCACCUGGCUGGAGAACGAGCUCAACCGCUGGAGGAACGGGGAGAGCGUUCCUCUGGAGGAGCAGUUCGAUAAAGAAAAGGCCAAAGAGGAGGUUCUGGCUCUGGACAACAUCAUGAACGAGAAGGCGGCGUCCACCCCCAACAUGCCCGGAGUUCGACUCACCGACGUCGAGAAGGACAAGUGUGAGGCCGAGCUCGCCAAACUCUACAAGCAGCUCGACGACAAGGACGAGGAGAUAAACCAGCAGAGCCAACUCGCAGAGAAACUGAAACAACAGAUGUUGGACCAGGAGGAGCUGCUGGCGUCUUCGCGCAGGGACCACGAGAACCUCCAGGCCGAGCUGAACCGUCUGCAGGCCGAGAACGAGGCGUCCAAGGAGGAGGUGAAGGAAGUUCUCCAGGCUCUGGAGGAACUCGCCGUCAACUACGACCAGAAGAGCCAAGAGGUGGAGGACAAGACCAAAGAGUUUGAGCUGAUCAGCGAGGAGCUCAGCCAGAAGUCUUCCGUGUUGUCGUCUCUGGACUCGGAGCUGCAGAAGUUGAAGGAAAUGUCCAACCACCAGAAGAAGAGAGUGACUGAGAUGAUGUCGUCUCUGCUCAAGGACCUGGCCGAGAUCGGCAUCGCGGUGGGCAGCAACGACAUCAAGCACGACGGGGGCAGCGGGCUGAUAGACGAGGAGUUCACGGUGGCUCGUCUCUACAUCAGUAAGAUGAAGUCUGAGGUGAAGUCGAUGGUGAAACGCUGCAAACAACUGGAGAGCUCCCAGUCCGAGAGCAACAAGAAGAUGGACGAGAGCGACAAGGAGCUCGCCGCCUGCCAGCUGCGCAUCUCACAGCACGAGGCGAAGAUCAAGUCCCUGACGGAGUAUCUCCAGAACGUGGAGCAGAAGAAGCGUCAGCUGGAGGAGAGCGUGGACUCUCUGAACGAAGAGCUCGUCAAACUCAGCGCGCAGGAGAAAGUUCACGCCAUGGAGAAAGAAAACGAGAUCCAGACAGCCAACGAAGUCAAGGCGGCGGUGGAGAAGCAGAUUCAUUCUCAUCGUGAGGCUCAUCAGAAACAGAUCAGCAGCCUGAGAGACGAACUCGACCACAAAGAGAAACUCAUCACAGAACUGCAGGAUCUGAACCAGAAGAUCAUGCUGGAGCAGGAGCGACUGAGAGUGGAGCACGAGAAACUCAAGUCCACGGACCAAGAGAAGAGCCGCAAACUGCACGAGCUCACGGUGAUGCAGGACCGCCGGGAGCAGGCUCGGCAGGACCUCAAGGGCCUGGAGGAGACAGUGGCCAAAGAGCUGCAGACUUUACACAACCUGAGGAAGCUGUUCGUGCAGGACCUGGCCACGCGUGUCAAGAAGAGUGCAGAGAUGGACUCAGACGACACCGGGGGCAGUGCUGCGCAGAAACAGAAGAUUUCUUUUCUGGAGAACAAUCUGGAACAACUCACCAAGGUCCACAAACAGCUGGUGCGUGACAACGCGGACCUGCGCUGCGAGCUUCCGAAGCUGGAGAAGCGUCUGAGAGCGACGGCCGAGCGCGUCAAAGCUCUGGAGUCGGCGCUGAAGGAGGCGAAGGAGAACGCCGCUCGAGACCGCAAACGCUACCAACAGGAAGUGGACCGCAUCAAGGAGGCCGUGCGCGCCAAGAACAUGGCACGCCGAGGGCACAGCGCACAGAUCGCUAAGCCGAUCCGCCCGGGGCAGCAGCCGGUGGCGUCUCCCACUCACCCAAACAUGAACCGCUCCACCGGAGGAUUCUACCAGAACAGCCAGAGCGUGUCCAUCCGAGGAGGCAGCAAACCCGACAAGAACUGAAGUUCGUCUGAAGUCGCCACAGAAGCUCGGCCAAUCCCGUCGUCCACCGCCAGGGCGAGGCUCCUCCCCCGACCCGCGCGAGGCUCCUCCCCCCCAAAAAAACCCAUAUAAAUAUAUAAAUAAGAAUCCUCCGUCUGUACAGCCCCUCCUCACGCUCCUCACGCUCUGACCCCUGACCCCCCCCCCCCGACCCCUCUGACCCCCCCCUUGACCUCUGACCCCUGACCGUGUGUAGCUUCAGUUCUCGCUCGUGUUUCUUCGGCACGUUUUCGCCGUCGCUUUGGGGGUUUUUUGUUUUGUGUUUUUUUUUCGUUUUCGCGCCGUUACUUCUGAAUGUACCGGAAUCCAAACUCGAGAGCUUCGUCUGCCGGUUUCGACGCCGGCGGCGGGUUUAAAGCUGCACCGUGUAACUUUCCCCGUGAGUGAGGAGGAGGAGGGUCUGCUGCCGCCGGGACUAAACCAGGACUAAACCGGGAUUUUUAAAAAUGGAGCCAGGUCUAAACUUGGUCUAAAUUAGGUUGAAAACUAGGUCUAAACUAGGUCUAAACUAGGUCUAAACACUAGGUCUGAACUAGGCCUGAACUUGGCGUAAAAUUGGUCUAAACUUGGCCUAAAUCUGACCUAAACCUGGUCUAAACUUGGCCUAAAUCUGACCUAAACCUGGUCUAAACCUGGUCUAAACCUGGUCUAAACCUGGUCUAAACUUGGCCUAAACUUGGCCUAAACUUGGCCUAAACUUGGCCUAAACUUGGCCUAAACUUGGCCUAAACCUGGUCUAAUCCUGGACUUUUUAAAAACAGAUUUGGUCUGUGUUUCUUCGUCGUCCUCAGUUUUUCUCUCAUCCUCAACAUUCCCUUUCAAAAUAAAAUCCUCGGAAUACUGAGUGGAAAUGUUCCAGAGUGCGGCUUUAAACCCGAGCGAACGGGUCGAACCUAGGACAGCGGGACGCGGAUUUUCGUUUUUCGCUCUCGUCGCCGCCAAGACUUUGGAUCCUCCGACCUUCUCCGCUCUUCUCGGACUUCCUCCCGCGCUUCGGAAAAACGGUUCCCGAAGCGGAUUUUCCCGGCGGCGCUCCGGACGGAACCGCGCCGACGAAAAAAGAAGGAAUUGUAGAUAGAAAAACACUUAUUUAUUCUUAUUCUUAUUAUCACAUGAACGAGGAAAACGAGGAGGAAGAGGAGGAGGCUGCGUCCCAUUUCUCUUUCCUCGAUUCCUUCUCCUUGAUCCCAAAGCUCCGAGGAGACUGGGGAAGGAAACGACAAAGGAGGAAACAGAAGGAAGCAACAGAGGAGGAGGAGGAGAGGGAAGGAAGCGACAGAGGAGGAAGUGAGAGAUGGAAGGAAACGACAAAGGAGGAGGAGAGGAAAGGAAGCGACAGAGGAGGAGGAGGCGAGGGAAGGAGGUUUAACUGUGUAAAAUAAUCCAGAAUUUGGCUUUAAAACUAAGGAACUAGGAAAGGUUGCCACAUUCACCCUCCUCCCUCCGCGCUUCUCCUCCUCUCUUCUCUCCUUUCCUUUUCUCUCUUCUCUCCUUUCCUCGCCUCCUUUCUCCUCUCUCCUUUCCUCUCCUCUCCUCCUUUCUUCUUUCCUUCUUUCCUCGCCUCUUCUCUCCUCGCCUCCUUUCUUUUCUCCUCUUUCCUCCUCCUCUCUACUCUCCUUUCCUUUUCUCUCCUCUCUUCUCUCCUUUCCUCUUCUCUCCUCGCAUCGUCUCUCCUCUUCUCCCUUCUUCUCUCCUCCUUUCUUCUUUCCUCCCCUCCCCUCCUCCUCUCUCCAUUCCUCCUUUCUCUUAUCCUCUUCUCCUUGCCUCCUUUCUUCCUCUCCUCCCUUUGUCUCCUCUUUCGCCGGAACUUCCUCGCUCAUUUCCUCCAGAAUCAAUCCGAAGGAAACGAGAAAUGUCUCCUCGCCUCCUCGUCUCCUCGUCUCCUCGUCUCCUCCCUCUCACCGUGAGGUUGCGGGUUAGACUCCUCGUUAAAAACACCUAAAAACAAACAAACGUCAAAAAAACCAAAACAAAACAAAAAAAAAAAAAAAACAUUGUCCGUUUUUUCCUUCCUCACAUUUCCCGUCGUUUUCCUCCCACUCUUUUUUUUCCCGUCGUUUCGCGAUUAUUUUCAGGAUCUCUGAGUUCGUUUUUUUUUUUUUACGGAAAACGUAAAAAAAAAAAAAAAAAAAAAAAAAGGCUCGGUGAUUGGUCGGGGGGAGCCGCUGAUCGACCAAUCAGACGCGCCGACACUGGCCUCACCGUCUCUGAGGAUGAAGGGUAUUUAAAUAGGCGUAGGACCUUGUGUCGUUCGAUUUUUAGCGUGUUUUUUUUUUUUUUCGUUUUUCUCGUUUUUUUUCACACGAUUUUGAGUUUUCCGUUUGUCGUUGUUUUGUUUUUGUUGUUUUUUUCGGCGGUUUCGUGUCGUGCCCCUUUUCGUCUUUCACGUCGUAAAGCCCAGAAUGAAAACGAAACAACACUAGUGCAAUAUACUGUAACGUACACUGUAGUCUCACGCCGACCGUUUUACCGCCGCCACCACGGAAACGACGACCGGCGCGGAAACAACGCCGUUUAUUUAAAACGUCGAGUGUCGUUCGAAAAAUAAGAAACGAAAAAGAAAAAAAAAAAAACGACGAUUUUCUUCAUUUUCUCCAAAACUGAAAUGAAAAAACUGAUGAUGGACUAAACCGGGACUAAACCAGGUCUGGACCAGGACUAGACCAAGAUUAGACCAGGACUAAUCCGGGACUAGACCAGGUCUAAACCAGGACUAAACCAGGACUAAACCAGGACUAAACCAGGACUAAUCCGGGACUAGACCGGGACUAGACCAAGAUUAGACCAGGACUAGACUAAGAAUAGACUGGGACUGAGACCGGGACUGGAACCAGGACUAGACCAGGACUAAGCCAGGACUAAACCAAGACUAGACCAGGACUGGAACCAGGACUAGACCAAGACUAAACUGGGACUGGAACCAGGACUGGACUUGAGUCUGGGACUUGAGACCAGGACUGAGAAUGGGACCUGGUUCAAUCCCGGUUCAGUUCUGAGAUCUCGGUCUCGGUCUGGUCCCAGGCUCAGUCCUGGUCUGAUCCCGGUCUUGGUCUCGAUCCUGGUCCUGAUCUCUGUCUCAGUCCUGGUCUUGGUCUCAGUCCUGGUCUGGUCCCAGUCUCAGUCCUGGUCUGGUCUUGGUCUGGUCUCAGUCUCAGUCUUGAUCUGGUCCCGGUCUCAGUCCUGGUCUGGUCUUGGUCUGGUCUUGGUCUCAGUCCCGGUCCGGUCUCAGUCCCGGUCUCAGUCCCGGUCUCAGUCCCGGUCUGAUCUUGAUCUGGUCCCGGUCUCAGUCUCAGUCUUAUUCUGGUCUAGUCCUGGUCUCAGUCCUGGUCUCAGUCCUGGUCUAGUCCUGGUUUAGUUUUGGAGACAAAUGAAGAAAAUCGUCGUUUUCUUUUCUUUUUUUUUCUUUCUUAUUUUCAUUUUUAUUUUGAAAAACGACUGAACGAACGACACAGAUUCAAACUCCCUAAAGAUUCAAAAGUCAAAAACAUCGUAGAAAAAAACGUAGUGAAAAAAGAAAAAGUCGUCGUUGAGUUUGUGGUUUUGUGGUUUUUUGGUUUUUCGGUCGGUUUGUGGACGAGGUUUUUUUUUUCACUCUGUACAGUCGAAUGUAAGAAACAAACGAGCACCAACGAAAACUCUGAGACCACAGAAGGUUCCAGAAGGUCUCAAGGGUCGUUUUUUUUAAACCGAGGGCCUGGCCGCACCGACACGCCACAGUCCCGGGUCUGGACCGGGUCUGGACCAGUUUUAAACCAAUUUUAAACCAGUUUUAAACCAGAUCUGGACCAGUUUUGAUCCAGGUCUUGGCUAGAUCUGGAGCAGGUCUGAGCCAGGUCUGAACCAAGUCUGGGCCAGGUCCAAACCAGGUCUAAGACAGAACUAAGAUGGAUCUAAACCAGUUUUGAGCCGGGGCUGAGCCAGAUCUAAACCCGGUCUGGACCCGGUCUGGACCCGGUCUAAACCAGGACUUUUAAAAAUUGAGUUGGUCUUUAUUUCUCAGUCCUGCUCCUCAGAUUUUCUCAAGAAUGAAUAAAUUUAAACCAGUUUGAGCCAGAUCUAAACCGGAUCUGGACAGAGACUAAACUAAAACGGGACUAAUCCGGGUCUAAACCAGGUCUAAACCAGGUCUGGACCAGGUCUAAACCGGGACUUUUAAAAAAUGGAAUCGUUUUUUGUUUUUGUUUUUUUAAUUUCUGAGUCGUGCUUGUCAGAUUUUCUCUCCGCGUCUCGUCACGAAAAAAUUCACUUUUAAAAUAAUAAAGUUUCAAGAUUCGCGUCGCCAGAUUGAAGGUUCGCGUCGCCAGAUCGAAGGUUCGCGUCGCCAGAUCGAAGGUUCGCGUCGCCAGAUCCAGGGUUCGCGUCGCCAGAUCCAGGGUUCGCGUCGCCAGAUCGAAGGUUCGCGUCGCCAGAUCCAGGGUUCGCGUCGCCAGAUCCAGGGUUCACGUUGCCAGGCACUCGGACAAACCUGUAGAUUAGCCCCACACUUUGAACGUUUGAGCCGUUUAAUGCACUUGCACCACACGGAAACACUCCCGGCUGCUGCGAACGCUAAAUAUUUGAGAUGUAAUUAUUAUUAUUAUUAUUAUUAUUAUUUUUCUUUUGUUUUCUGGACCUCAAAGUUUCACCAAAACUGGACGCUCGGCAGUCUGUAUCGUGUAGUGUGGCCUGAAUCUCGAUAAAACUCUAACUUAAACUAAAUAGUAGCCAUGUUUUUAUUACUGUGUAAUAGUCGGUGCGUGUGACGGUUUGGGAGAGAAUCAUUCCUACGGGGCACAGGGACAGAAGAAGAAGCAUGUUGUAAAUGUACCUGUGAUAAAUAAAUAAUUAUGACAAACGUU